AUGCAGUGUAAGAGAAGCCAACUCUUCAGUGAUCAUACGGACAACGACAGUGACGAGGACUUUGAGAUCGACUGGGUGGUUCUCUACGACUUUGGGGAUACAGAGCUUCACCACGCGAUCGACAAGUACGAGACUCUGAUACGGGACAUUGAAGCCUUUGGGCUUGAGACUGAAGUCCGACGUGGGCAUGGCACUGCGCUACUCGUGCUUAUUCGAGUCCCUCGAAAUCAGCUCGGCAACGAGGUCUAUCGCUCAAGAGUCAAGGACUGGCUCUUUGGCAUUGUUCACUCACGACCCUUGGGAGAUAGUGCCACCAUCGUUGAUGCCGAUACACCUUCGGAGGAGAUGCGCUCUGUGUUCCACUUAGUCACUUGGACGAAAGAGCAGGGCGGUGCGGGAAUCACGGCAAAUCUUGGACAAUGGGAGAACGUGACAGCGUCAUUCUCACCACAUGCUUGGAUCGCGAACACAGAACUUCUAAGGAAGCUAGCUGCCAAGACUGUCCUUGGUGUAGAAGACCUGGAUCAGAUCAAAGCGUUGUUCGGGGAAAAGGUCGGCUUCUACUUCGCCUUCUUACAAGCAUACUCUCUCUUCCUUGUCUUACCUGCCGUCCUUGGGACACUCUUCUGGAUUGUUUCAACACCAUACUCGGCGAUUUUCGGAAUGACUGUCUGCUUAUGGAGCAUCAUCUUUGUCGAAUGGUGGAAAAGACGAGAGAUCGAUCUGAGCAUCCGAUGGAACGUCAACGGUGUCGGCGCACUCAAAGUCAACCGUGUCCAGUACACUUGGGAAAAGCAAGAAAUCGACCCGAUCACUGGUGAGGUUCAGAAGAUGUUCCCAGCACACAAGCGUUUGUUGAGGCAGGUGUACUUUAUACCGUUUGCCGUUCUGGCCAGCACGGCACUUGGUGGAAUCCUGGUGGUCACCUUCUUGGCUGAGGCUCUUAUCUCGGACGUGUUUGGGAACAAUUUAAGUGGCUUUUGGGCUGUGCAGUACCUUCCGAUUAUCCUCCUGGCAGUGUCUCUGCCAUAUGUCACUGGCACUUUGACGUCCAUUGCGGCACGUCUGUCCGAACACGAGAAUCAUCGCACAAAUGACGAGUUCGAGCUGGCCCAGGUUCAGAAGGCCUUUGUUCUGAACUUCAUCACGUCAUUCCUUCCGAUGAUCCUAACCGCUUAUGUCUAUGUGCCAUACGGACCGAAACUCCUACCACACUUGAUACCGGACUCGUGGCAGUCUCACAUCUCAGCCAAGGACUUCCGUGUGGAUGCACACCGCUUGCAAGAAGAAGUCAUAUCUCUGUCCAUGGCAGGUCAAGUCAUCAACUUUGGCGAGGAAUUUGUUCUGCCAUAUGUGAAAAGACACUUGAUGGAAGCUCAUCGCAGAUACAAGGAUGGUCAAGAAGUCACCACUCUGCACCAGCGCAUGCACUCGGAGUACACCAAAGCGUUGCUCGUAGAUGCACCUCAAGAGCAAAGCCUCUUAGCUCGUCUGCGCGCAGAAGCUACCGCCCCGCCCUACGACGUACAAGAGGACACGAUGGAAAUGUGUAUUCAGUUCGGCUAUCUCACAAUGUUCGGUGUCGCAUACCCACUCAUGCCUCUUGGUUUUCUCAUCAACAACUGGAUCGAACUCCGCGGCGACUUUUUCAAACUCAUCAACGAAUGCCAACGUCCCCCUCCGAUUCGAUCUGACUCCAUUGGCCCUUUAGUGUCUGCCCUUGAAUUUCUGACUUGGCUCGGUACUCUUUCCACCGCUGCUCUUGUCCAUAUGUAUAGUGGCGACAUCUCACAAGUACGGCUUUCUAGACUCCUGCUCACUGUCUUUCUCGCCGAACAAGCCUAUCUCGCCACAAAAUUGAUGAUUCACUUCAUCUUUGACAAAAUUGGCUCAGAAGCCGUCAGACAAGAAGAAGCAACACGUCGUUUGAUACGGAAACGCUAUCUCGAGACCUUUUCCGAAGAACUAGCUGGGACAUCUUUACCUCAAGCUUCUCACACAUACCUCGGAUCUCGACGUUCUGCGCCUUCUACGUCUACACAGACGCAACAGGCGCUGUAUCCUGGUCCUGAGGUUGUGGAGGUCGAGUGUGUGAGAAGUGAGUAUAAGAGUGAGAAAGGAGAGAGGUUUUGGAAUCAGAGGAAGGAGGUUACGGGCACUAGAGAGGCUGGGAUGAAGUUGAUUGUUGCGUUGAAGGGGGUGCAAAAGUCCAGCGAAACGAGUGGUGGUAAUGACAAGAGAAAGUGGAUUUAG